CGCCUUGAAUCGGGUUACCAUCAAGUAUCGCUACCCCUUCCACGUGCAGACGACCUCAUCGACCAACUUCGCGGGGCCAGAUUUUUUUCGAAGAUUGACUUGCGAGGCGGUUACCACCAAAUUUGCGUGCAUGAAGCUGACUGCUCCAAGACGGCUUUUCGGAUCCGGUACGGGAGUUACGAAUACACGGUCAUGCCCUUCGGCUUAACAAACGCGCCUUCGACAUUCCAGUUGACCAUGAACGAAUUUUUUCGGCCAUUGCUGGAUCAGUGCGUCAUCGUGUACCUCGACGACAUUUUCAUCUACAGCACAACCUGAGAUCAGCAUUUGAAGGAUUUGGAAG